UACCAGCAGUUUCAUACCUUCUUAGUUGCGGCAACCUUGGAAAUUCGGAACCGGAGGCUCUUCCCACUAUCACAAAAUCAAAGUUCCCUUCAUCCUCAUCAACCCUUCAAGUUGCUUCGAGUGACAGUCACUCAGUCUCCAGCCUCCAUCUUUUCUAUCUGCCUUUACUUCCUACUACCGAUACUACUAAAACUGGAACAACCUUCACCAUGAUGCCUCCGCAGGAACAAGCCAAGCUGACGGAGAAAACUCUACAAGGGAUGGAAGAUGUUGAGAGGACAAACACUGAUGCGUUUGAUGAUGAUCGAAUGACCGAUGAGGGAUACACCGCCUCAUCCGAGUCAGCCAGCGAAAAGAUGGAGCUGGCCAAGCGAGAGACCAAAGCUGUCUUUCGCCUUCGUCUUUUGGUCUUUCUCGUCUUGUUUCUUGCGGCCGUGACUGUCUGUGUGAUCAUCUACCUUAUCACUUCCCGUGGCGAAGAAGACGAGUUCAAGACGCAGUACGAAAGUGCCGUCCAAAAACUCACAGUGAACUUCCUGGACAUUGCCACCAACAAGCUUGGCGCUGUUUCCAGCUUGGGGGUAGCCAGUGUCGCUAAUCAGGCUCAGCAAUGGCCCCUUGUGACUUUCGCUAACUUCCAUCAACGAGCAGCCACAGCCAGAAAGCAAUCUGGGUCCAUCUUUAUCCUUCUUCACCCGCUUGUCACCGAUGCUCAGAGACCUGAUUGGGAAGCUUACUCGGCCGGCAACGCCUCUCAAUGGAUCUAUGAUGGUGUCCAGUACCAGGAAAACAUGGAGAUGUUUGCAUUCGCCGAAGCGAGUAUCCGAGAUAGACUGGGCGGGUUGAUAGACAGUGGGUUCGGACUGCUUCCAAUCUAUACGUACGGGGGACCACACGGUUUCAUGCCCGCUCCCACUGCUCCAGCGUAUCUUCCAACCUGGCAAAUCGCACCGGUCAUUUUUGGUGGAAUCCAAGUCAACCUGGAUGAGGCUCAGAAUUCAUUCAACGACACGGCGGCAAUGGACACCCUAGCCAUGGAAUCUGUAAACAUUGGCAUGUUCCACUCUACAAGCCCGGGGGGCAUCACUUCGCAUGAUCACGCCACGGCAAUGUUUGCACUUCUCAUGAGUGUGGCAGCAGGACAUCUAAAGGAGUAUGAGGGAGAUCCCAUGAGCCAAGUCUUUUUCCCCAUCUUUGAUUCCUUCACCGAGAACCGAAAGCCCGUGGCUGUCAUGAUUGCUUGGGUGCACUGGCUGUCGUACUUUCAAGACGUGCUCCCGUCAAGCAUGGAUGGUGUGCUCGUUGUUCUGGGUAACUCCUGCACUGGAAACUUCACGUACGAGAUCAAUGGGCCGGAAGCCGUGCCACUCGGUGCCGGGGACCUCCACGAUCCUGCCUAUGAUUCUUUUAGAAGAUCUGCCAGCUUUGCCUCGGUUGACAGCAUUGCAGAUGGAACCAAGUAUGGCAUUCCUCUAAACAGUGACCACUGCUUGAUCACCAUGGACAUUUACCCAUCCUCAGAGUUUGAAGAGAGCUACCAAACCUCCAUGCCAAUUUACCUUACAAUUGCUGUUGCAGCCAUCUUUGUCUUUACAGUUGUGAUGUUCAUUCUCUACGAUCGUCUGGUUGAGAGACGCCAGGCCCUUGUGUUGAUGAAAGCUGAGCAGAGCACUGCCAUUGUAACAAGUCUUUUCCCAGAACAAGUCCGAGAUCGGCUCAUGGAACAACAGCCAUCUUCAGGCAACAACGGGAAGAGAACUAGUAGUGGUUUCUUGGCACCAACCCGCCGCUUGAAGGGAUACCUUGACGGUGACCAGGAUGACGAUGUGGACAUGGAUCCAAUUGCAGAUCUGUUCCCGCACUGUACAGUGCUUUUUGCUGACAUCUCGGGCUUCACAGCUUGGAGUUCAACUCGCGAUCCAGCACAAGUGUUCAUCUUGCUUCAGACCGUCUAUCAGGCAUUUGAUCGGGUGGCCAAGAGGAGGAAAGUCUUUAAGGUUGAAACGAUUGGCGAUAGUUAUGUAGCUGUCACCGGGCUCCCAGAACCACAAGCUGCGCAUGCUGUGAUCAUGGCUCGAUUUGCGGAGGAGUGCAAUUGCAAGAUGAAUGAAUUGAUGCCGCGUUUGGAGAGUCGGCUGGGACCUGAUACAGCAGAGCUUUCCAUGCGAUUUGGAAUGCACUCGGGUCCUGUCACUGCUGGUGUGUUGCGUGGAGAUAGGGCACGCUUUCAGUUGUUCGGUGACACCGUCAACACUGCGGCUCGGAUGGAAAGUACUGGGAAGAAAGGCAUGAUCCAAGCAUCCCAAGCAACCCAUGACCUCCUGGUACAGGCCGGCAAGUCGCGCUGGCUUACGGCUCGAACCGACGCGAUAAACGCAAAAGGUAAAGGAGUGUUGAUGGCGUACUGGGUCCGCCCAACCGGUAUCACGAGGAAUGGCAGCAUUGGACCUAUGGACAAUCCUGCGCGGGAAAGCGGGUCUAAUGGGUCUCAUCCGUUCGAUGCAUCGUUUUUGACAAGCUCGAAGCGCUUGGGUCUCAAAAACGAUACGUUGAAACAAGGUCGGCUGGUGAACUGGAUUGUUGAGAUCCUGAAAGAGCACCUUAAGAAACUCGUUGCAUCGAGAGGGCCAACAGGAGCAAGUGCACCCCUCCGUUACAACCUCCCGAAAGGCAAAACGAGCCUGGACGAGGUUGCCGAGGUCAUCAAGUUGCCUAAGUUCUCUGGGCAAAUGGACAAGAACUGGCGUCAAGUUGCUCUUGGCCAGGACGUGGUCUCUCAGCUCCAUCGCUACGUCACCGCUCUCUCUGAACUUUACUUGCCCAACCCAUUUCACAAUUUCGAACACGCCGCACACGUUACGAUGGCCACGGACAAGUUCAUGAAACGUAUUAAUUGUGCUGACGUUGGGGCCGAAGAUGAAGAUGACAUGGCAGCCAAAAUGCAUGAUUACACGCACGGCGUAAACUCGGAUCCACUGACGCUCCUUGCCAUUGUCUUCUCUGCGUUGAUCCAUGAUGCAGACCACCGUGGUGUGUCAAACACUCGCUUGGCCGAAGAAGAGAAGCAAAUGGCUGACAAGUAUCGAGGCAAGAGUAUCGCGGAACAGAACUCCUUGGAUCUUGCAUGGGAUUUGCUGAUGUCCCAUGACUACGAGGAUCUUCGUCGAUGUUUGUUUACGACCGAGUCUGAAAUGAAACGCUUCAGACAGGUCCUUGUGAACGUUGUGCUCGCAACAGAUAUCUUCGAUAAGGAAUUGAAUGGACUCCGUAAGAACAGAUGGGACAAAGCCUUCUCUAAUGAGUCCCUGUCGCAGGAAGAGAACAAUGACCUCCGUGCAACCAUUGUGAUCGAGCACAUCAUGCAAGCUUCCGAUGUGUCGCACACAAUGCAACACUGGCACAUUUAUCGCAAGUGGAACCGCCGCCUCUUUCAAGAGUUGUCCUUGGCGUACAGGCAAGGGCGCAUGGGCAAAGAUCCAAGUGAAUUUUGGUACAAAGGCGAGAUUGGCUUCUUUGACAAUUACAUCAUCCCCCUUGCGAAGAAACUCAAGGAUUGCAGGGUGUUUGGGGUUUCCAGUGAUGAAUGUUUGAACUACGCUAUGCAAAACAGAGACGAAUGGAAGGAACGCGGCCAAGAUAUCGUUGCUGAAAUGGUGGAAGAGCUCCGACUAGAGCAAGAACUCUUUGAGGUCGAUGCAGAGACGGAGGAAGAUGCCGAUGAACAGACGGCGGAAGAGACGGUGGACGAGCCGCCUUUCGAAGACGAAGACGUUCAGUCAAUCGAAUGCUGAUCUCGAGGAAAGGGGCAGCUGGUAGAAGGUUUACAUUUAAAAUACAUGUUCUAGGAUUAAUUACAUGCUUUUGCUUGCCU